UUUUAAAUUUUGAUUUUAAUUUCAUCGCUCUGUGAAAAACUCCAUCUUGUUUUCUUUUCUUUUUCCUGCGUAAGAACAGAGAAUGGCGAGGAGGAAGAGUUAUGGUUUCUAUAGUACACUGGCUUUGUGAAUAAGGUUGUAGAUCAGGAUUUUUCCGGCUUGUUUUCCGCCACCAGGAGGCAUUUUUCCGGGCCAUUUUCGGGUUAUUCCAUUUGGAAAGGCGUCAUGAUAUUCUAUCACAGCUGUUCUAUGUUUUGAGUGUUGACAUUUAGUGCAUUCGGUUGUGGGCGUUGCAAUGAGUAGCUGGACAACUGGUGUAUAUACAGGCGCAGAGGGAGUUUUGGUCUAGCAAGAAGCAGUUGCUGAUUUUUUUUUUAUGCCCAGUUAUCAACUAUGGGGAACAAUGAUACUGGUACAACAACAUCUAAGUCUGACAAAGCAUCCUCACCAGUGCAGAACUUUCAUCUGCAUUGGCAGGAACAAUCUGGUCCAACAUAUCCUGAUUGGGCAACAGCUUUCCAGGCAUACUAUGGGCCAGGAGUGAGUCUGCCGCCUCCAUAUUUUGGCUCAACAAUUCCAUCUGGUCACACACCUCAUCCUUACAUGUGGGGCCCGCAGCCUUUGAUGCCGCCUUAUGGUACACCAGCUUAUGCAGCAAUUUACUCACAUGGAGGGGUCUAUGCUCACCCUGCAGUGCCUCUUGGUUCACAUGCGCAUGGACAUGGAGUUGCUUCAACUGGCAUGGCGAUUGAAGCUAUGCCUGCGGGUCCAAUGGGCUUAGAAACACAAGCCAAGUCCUCCAGUAGUAAAGACCAAGGGGGCUUGAUGAAGAAGUUAAAAGGUUUUCAGGGGGUUACGGGCGCUUCUGGCAAUCGCAAUCGCAAUGGCAAUGCCAAUGGUAAUGGCAAUAGUGGAAGUUUACAGGGAGGCAUGGUGUGUGGAACAUCACAAAGUGGGGAAGACGGCAUUGAAGGUUCAAGCGAUGGGAGUGAUGGGAAUACUGCACAAGAAGAAACUCGAAUUGGAAGAAAAAGGAUUGGUGGAAACAUGGAAGGUAAAGGCAAAAGUGGGAAGGUUGAUAUACAAGGGUAUGCUGUUCAUAGUGGAGGAGAAGGAACUGCAUCAUGUAGCAGGCCAUUAGAAGCAACAGCUGCGGGGAAGCCCAUGGCAAAUUUGUCUUCAUCUAAUAUGGUCGAAGGAAUGGACUUCAGAAAAGCAAAAGCUUCUGCUGGUUUAGCUUCUCCUUUUCCAGGAUCUGGUGGAGCCAUUGUGCCAGGUGGACGUGAUGGUGCAUCCUCUGAAAUCUGGGUAUGUGUUCCAAGAAGCCAAGAAUCAGCACUCACAGAAAGGGGAAAGGAUGACCGGGAGCGUAAACGUGAGAGGAGAAAACAGUCUAAUCGAGAGUCUGCUAGACGGUCAAGGAUGAGGAAACAGAAAGAGAGCGAGCAGCUUGCUAUAAGAGUAGAAGAGCUUAAUGCUGAGAAUAUCGAUCUCAAAAGUCAACUGAACCACUUACUGGAGAACUCAAAGAAACUGCAACAGGAAAAUUCCAUGCUGAUGGAAAAAUUGAAGAGUGCACGACUAGAACAUGCAGGGGAUGUGGUCUCCGAUAAGUCUGCAGAAUCCCAAGUGGGUCGUCCCUCUGUUGGCUUAGAGAAUUUGUUAUCUCGGGUGAACAAUUCAGGGACGAGUAGCCGAAACAUUGGGCAAAGAGAGAAUGAGAGCCAUGAGACCAAGCUUCAUCAACUUCUUGAAUCAAAAGCAAGAGCUGAUGCAGUUGCGGCUGGCUGAGAAGUAGAGUGUCCACUUUCCUUUUUUUUUUUUUUCUUAAUGACCCUUUUCCACCUUUCUAACUCAGUAAUUUUGGAGUUCUGGGAUUUUGUUUUUCUAACCGCAUCUAGGUAAUUCCAGACUCAGAUGAUAGGGCAGACUCUUAACUGGAAAGAGGAAUAUUGUGCUCUUCAGAGGAGAUCUGCGUUUUAACUAAAAAAGAGUGAUUUACCACUGUUAAGUUUCUUACUCUGCUAGGUUUUCUUGUUUAAACUUGAAAAUGGAUUCCCUGGAUCUGAGGGUGUUACUUCCUGUAAAGGACUGCUGUAUAUUGAGAAUAAUUUAGAUUCAAUGGGAGAGAGCUCGUGUAAU